AUGAAUAAUAAUAUUUUACUUAACCAUUCUUCCGAGAAUGAGGCAAUUGAUGAUUUUAUUAAUCAAUUAUUGUUUGAAGAACAGCCAAAUGAAAGCGAAGACUUUUAUUCGACUACAGUGUUUGAAAAUCUGGGCAAUUCUGACGAUAUGUCUACUGAUGGUGAAUCUGCCUAUCGUGCAUUUAGCAUGAAUGCUGUCUCUGUACAGGCUGAAUCCCAAAACGACUUCAGUGAUGAUACUGAUUCUAUGUCUGAUGAUGGCCAAGGAUACUCGUGUAUCCGCAAUCUUGACAACUCAGAUAACAUAACAGCUGAAUACAAUGUCGAAUACGAGCAAAGAAUUCCUUUGUACAAGCCAAACAGCCGUGCCAAGGCCGCUAGUCUGAAACUGUUCUCAAUGUUUUUUGAGAAAAAUGUUUCCAGAGAUGUUUUUGACAAGUCCGUCAAAAUAUUCAACGAAUAUAUGAAAGAAUGUGGAUCACCCAACAUCAAUUCACUUUUAUCCUACUACAAAAUGAAAACCUUGCUCAAGGAGAAGUAUCCUAUAAAGGCUACUGCAUAUGACAUGUGCGUAAAAGGAUGCUGUUGGUUCUCUACAGUUGUAGAAAGUAUUGACAUUGAUGAGAAUGAGACGUGUCCCCUUUGCGGAGAAGCUCAGUACAAGCUUAGAGGGAAUAGAAUAAUACCUGCACAGACAUAUCAGAGGUUUAAGCUUGGACACCCCGAAGAACGUGCUAAGAUGACUUAUGGUGCUAGACGUUUAGCUGAAGGCCAGUCUGGUACACGCCAAGACAUAUUUGAUGGAGAUGCUGUUUGCUGA